GGGAAGAGUUUGCUUCCUUUGGGGUUAAUGUUUGAGAUGGUGUGUUUGAGUUAAGAGAUGCUCCACCGUGGUGCAGCAACGGAGACCUUGGCAGUCUUUUCUUCCUCGCUCCUCAUCUUCUUAUCUCCAUUUCAGGAGGAACCUGUUGGCUUUUUCGAUAUGUUCUACUCGUUCUUUCUCGCUUCUGGAGGAUCGGAGGGCGAUCAUGGCGAAGGUUGUUCACUAUGGUUUGAAGAAACUUUUCCCAUUUUUUGUUCUUUUUUUGGGGGAUCGAUUGGAAUCCGAAUGAACCGGUUGCCUUCUUUUCUUCUUUUUGUUACAACAUUUCUCCACUGGGAGUGGGGCGCCAUCACUUGAUUCACCUCUAUCAAUAACAAACGGCCACACAUGGAUCUAAACUAAGUCUCCGGAGUGCUACCCCAUGUAGUCUAGGACAGGAGGCGAAGUUGACCGUGCCCUGAAGGUCUUUUCAAUAGUGAACAGGAAAAACACUUUAUAUGAAUGAAAGAUAGAUUAAAUGGAAAAUUCCAUGGUCCUUCUCAUCCUCGGCAAUAACCCUGUUCCAAUUGAACACCAAGUCAUACCAUAGAUCGGCACGGAAAAA